AGUCUCACUACGACCAGCGCGCCGUUCGUGCACGCUAACUUACGUGCGUCGCUACUACAUUCCGUUUGUGUAUCCGUUCAAAUCCGCUCCAAAGGAGUUUAGGUGAAGUGUGGUGAUGGUGUGUUUUUAGUUAUACAAUAGGAUUGUGUAUAUCUACAAAAUACCCGUAAGAGGUUUGUGGACUCAUCACAGAGAAUUUGGUGUUCACCUAGCGAGGGAAGGUGAUCGCAUAUUCCGGAAGGAAUGAGCCCCGUAAACCACUGCUUCCAUACUCACCGAUGAUCUCAAGAGAAAAUGUACAUAGAAACCUUGCCGCUUGUGGUUUGGACGAUAAUCGUCACAACGACCAAUGUAGCGACGCAAAGCCAAUAUGGAAUAGGUUUAGGAAUAAAAAGAGAAGUAUUUUUCUUAAAUUUAGAAGACGGUUACUUUGGCUGUCAAGUUAACGAAUCUACUCAAAUAUUGCAAUUAUAUGAAUUAUCCAAAUUAUGCGACGGUGUGCCAGAUUGUUAUAAGGCAUCCGAUGAAUUAAGAACAGAAUUAAAAUGCUCAGAUGAUUGUACCAAAGAAGACGGUGCGCGUUGUAUAAAUGGAGCUUGCCUAAGCGGAGUUUGCUAUUGUAACGACGGGUUUGGUGGCUGUAAUUGUCAAGAACCCGAUGUAAACGAAUGCAAAGAUAGACCAUGCGAUGUGUUUGCUCACUGUACAAACACUGUAGGCAGCUUUCAGUGCUCGUGUUUCCCAGGUUAUGUAGGCGAUGGCUUCACUUGUAAAGAUAUCAAUGAAUGUGAAGAUCCAGCUAUAGCAUCUAGGUGUGUGGAAAAUGCAGAAUGUUGCAAUCUUCCUGCCCAUUUUAUUUGCAAAUGUAACCGAGGUUUCGAGGGCGACGGCGAAGAAGAAUGUCGAGAUAUUGAUGAGUGCAGAAGACCUGGUGCCUGCGGUGCGAAUGCAGUAUGCCAAAACUACCCUGGAAAUUAUACGUGCGCUUGUCAAGCGGGCUACACGGGAAAUCCAUUUGAUGGAUGUGUAGACGUGGAUGAAUGUGCGAACAAAGACGCGUGCGGAGUGGGGGCGGUGUGUCGCAAUCUAGUCGGUGGCUACGAAUGCAGCUGCCCGCCAGGGCACGAGGGAGACCCGCGAGUCGCUUGCCAGGAUCACGACGCGUGUGCACGGAACCCUUGCGGUCGAAGUGCCCUAUGUGAAAAUCGUUCCGGAAACUACCGCUGUCUAUGCCCAGAAGGUUUCGAAGGCGAUCCCAACGUCCAGUGUGUCGACGUGGAUGAGUGUAAAAGUAAUGAAGCGGUAUGUGGAGCACAUGCUACUUGUACAAAUACGUUGGGUAGCUACGUAUGUACCUGCCUGCCAGACUACACUGGAGAUGCUCGCGUGUCAGAUGGCUGCCAAGACGUUGACGAAUGCAAAAUAUUAGAACGCCCAUGUGGAUUACAUGCGAUAUGUGAAAACACUUCUCCUGGAUAUAACUGUAUUUGUCCUCAAGGAUAUAGAGCCAAAACAGAUGCACAGGUUGCAUGUGAACAGAUUGAUGUAAAUACUUUAUGCAAAUCUAAUUUUGACUGUACAAAUAAUGCUGAAUGUAUAGAAGACCAAUGUUACUGCAAAAAUGGAUUUGAGCCGAAAGGAUCAAUUUGUACAGAUAUCGACGAGUGUGGUGAUGGAUCAAAAUGUGGAGAAAAUUCAGUGUGUAUUAACUCUGUUGGGAGCUUUUCAUGCCAAUGUGCAAGAGGAUUCAUUGGCUCUCCACCUCAAUUGAAAUGUCGUGCUCCAUGUGAUGAUGUCAAAUGUGGUGAACAUUCCUAUUGCAAGGUUGAUGGAAUUGACGUUUAUUGCGUAUGUGACGAUGGCUGGAAUUUUGAUCCAAACGACAUAUCUGCUGGUUGUGUAGAUGUCGAUGAGUGUGAUACUUCUAUUGGAGUACCUUCUCAUUGUGGUAAUAAUGCUGCCUGCUCAAACACUCUAGGAAGUUUUGUAUGUCAUUGUCCUGAAGGAUUUACAGGAGAUGCAUUUAAAAAUUGCUAUGAUAUAGAUGAAUGUGAAACUGAUGGAGCUUGUGGUUCUGGGGCAGAAUGUAUAAACCAAAAAGGGUCAUAUAACUGUGUCUGUCCUGAAGGAACAAUAGCAGAUCCUGAUCCUCGCGUAAAAUGUUCGGAAAUUCUUACAUGCAAUAAUAAUGAUGAUUGUCCCGGAAAUGCCCUGUGUGAUGGAAACAUGAAAUGCGUCUGUCCAGAACCCAAUGUUGGAAAUGAAUGUCGUCAUCCAUGUGAAGCUCUACAUUGUGGAAGCAAUUCAGAGUGCCUUUUAAAUGAACAAACAGCGCAAUGCACUUGUCGUAAUGGAUUUACAGGUGAACCAUCAUCCCCUAGUGGUUGUUUGGAUAUAAAUGAAUGUGAAACAAAUCCAUGUGCCAACGGCGCUGUUUGUAAGAAUUUACCGGGACACUUUCAAUGCGAAUGUCCAAGUCAAUUCAAGGGAGAUCCAUAUACAGAAGGUUGUUUUGUAAGUAAGCAAACCAGUGAAUGUAGUUCUACAAAUCCAUGUCCUCAGGGAGAACAAUGCGUAUUACAUGACAAUGAGAAUGUUUGCAUCUGUAGUCAAGGAUUCACGCGCAAUUUGGAAACUGGCAUAUGUGAGGAUAUUAAUGAAUGUACCCAGCAUGGCCGAACACCUUGUGGGUUAAAUGCUAUAUGUAAAAAUUUACCCGGAAGCUAUGAAUGUAAAUGUCCACCUGAUUAUAGCGGUAAUCCAUAUAAUUUGUGUGAAUAUUGUACUGAUAUCUCAUGCCAAUGUCAGCCACCAUAUAAUAUUGUAAAUGGUAAUUGUGUAUUGUCUGGAUGCACAAAAGAUAAGAAAUGUGGAAAAGGAGCUGAAUGUAUUAUAAUAUCAGAAACUGUUAGUUACUGCGCUUGUCCUGCUGGAUUUGUACAAACAGCUGCUGGAGCUUGUGAAGAUAUAAAUGAGUGUACUUUAGAUCAACCAGCUUGCGGGUUUGGUGCCGAGUGUGUUAAUACAGUCGGCUCUUUCACAUGUAAAUGUCCGCCCGGAUAUGGAACAGAUCCAGUUUCAGGACAUUGUAGUUUGAAUCAGAAAAGAUGUAUCAGCGAUAGUGAUUGUUUUGCCAAUGAGAAAUGUGUUCAACCUGGUAACUGUGUGUGCCCACCACCAUUUUACCUAGAUAUAACCGAUGGACAAAAAUGUAAAAGUCCUUGUGAGAGGUUCAUAUGUGGUAUAAAUGCUAAAUGUACUCCAAGUGAUCCACCUAGAUGUAUGUGCAUGUCUGGCUUUGAAGGAGACCCAUAUACAGGCUGCACGAAUAGAAAUGAGUGUCAUAGCGCACCGUGUGCAUAUGGUGCAAUUUGCAACGAUGAGCAAGGUGGUUAUAAAUGUAUUUGUCCACAAUCUAUGGUUGGAGAUCCAUACAAAACUGGAUGUAUCGCCCCGGACGAACCUUCACAAAAGUUACUUUGUUCUAAAGACAAUCAGUGUCCAAAUAAUCAAGCUUGCCUUAAUCGUACUUGCGUCUCACCUUGCGUAAGUGUAUCAUGUGGGCCAAAUGCUUUUUGUGAAGUAGAAAAUCAUGCAGCUUGGUGCCGUUGUAACCCGGGCUAUACGAAACCGGAAGGCGGAAAAUGUAUUUCAGGAUGCGAUAACUACUCAUGCGCAUCCGGAGCACAUUGCAUAAUAUCUAAAACUGGCCCAACGUGUGUAUGUCCGGAGGGCAUGGUGGGAAACCCAUUUCCCGGCGGGAUUUGUAGAAGAGACUUAUGCGGAGCUGGCAUGCCUUGUGAAGAGCCCAUGUCCUGUGUUGCGGGUAGAUGUCGACAGCGUUGCGAAGAUGUAGUUUGUGGCAUAGGUGCAAGUUGCAACGAAGAUACUGGUAGAUGUAUGUGUAAUGCAUUCUUUGUUGGAAAUCCUGAUUUACUGUGUAUGCCACCUGUUGCACCGCCCACUUGUGAGCCUGGAUGUGUGAAUAAUGCACAUUGUGUUUAUGGUCAAAUUAACGUUUGCAAAUGUGAUAAAGGUUACACUGGUAAUCCAUAUAAGAAAUGUCUUCCACGCAGACAGAUUACUUGUGCUAAAGCUUCAUGUGGAGCGAAUGCAGUUUGUCAACAGACUCGGUCACACGUUGAAUGUCUUUGCCCACCUGGAUAUGUUGGCAAUCCAAAUUUACAAUGUAUUGACAUAGACGAAUGUAACUCUAGGCCCUGUGGUGAAAAUGCAAUUUGUAUCAAUACGCCUGGAAGUUUUAGUUGUAUCUGCAAAAGUCGAUUCAUCGGCAAUCCAUACGAGCUAUGCACACAAGUAUCUAUUUCAAAAUGUAUUGACGGCACAGUUUGUACUUGUUCCCAUAAUAAUACGUGUCCAGAAGGAUAUUUUUGUGAAAAAUCAAAAUGCGUUGACGCUUGUCGUUCUAUGCUGUGUGGGCCAAAGGCAAUCUGCUCAGAAGGAAAAUGUGAAUGUCUCCCGGGGUAUGUUGGAGAACCUAAUGAUCUUCGAAAAGGUUGCAGCGUUGAUAAAAAUUGUUUAACUGAUGGAGAUUGCAGAGAUACGGAAAUAUGUUUCCAAAUAGGUAAAGAUACAAGAAGAUGUUUAGAUGCUUGCAGUAAAUUACAGUGUGGACCUAAUUCUAUUUGCGUCAGUUCUAACCAUCACGCCAAUUGUAUAUGUGCUGAGGGUUUUAUUGGAAAGCCAAAUGACGUUAAACUUGGUUGCCAGUUGCAACAACCUGAACCAAAUGAGGUGGAAUGUAAUGUAGAUAGUGAUUGUGCAGAGCCACAAAUUUGUGUAUCAGUAGAUGGAUCAACUAAAAGGUGUCUCGAUUUGUGUUCGACUAUCAUUUGUAGUCCUAACGAAAUAUGCAAAGUUGUAGAUAAUACUGCACGAUGCGAUUGCAAGGAGGGCUAUUUAUGGAAUCCUUUAAGUUCAAUUUGCGAACAACCGACAACAUCAGACUGUAAGAGUAAUUUAGAUUGUGAAACUGAUAAAUCCUGUCAAAGAGAUAUACUAGGCGUACAAAAAUGUUUGGAUAAUUGUAAAACUUUUACAUGUCCUCAAAACUCAAAAUGUGUAACAAAGGAUCACAAAAGUCAAUGCGAAUGCUUAAAAGGUUUUGUUGGAAAUCCGAAUGACCGUGAUGGGUGUGUACCUAUAAAUGAAAAUCAGUGUUCAAAUGAUGCGCAGUGUAGAGAAAGCGAAAUUUGUAGAAAUAUUGGCAACUUAAAAAAGUGUGUAUCGUCUUGUAACCAAGUAGUUUGCGGACCCAAUGCUUUAUGCGUUACUAAUAACCAUGUAGCUCAAUGUCAGUGUCCCGUUGGACCUUAUACUGGAGAUCCCAAUGAUUUGGAAACUGGUUGUAAAUUAGUACCAUGUGUAUACAAUUUAGAUUGUAUGCCACAUCAAUUAUGCAAUCGAAUGACACAUACAUGUAUUGACGUUUGUAGAGAGGAUUCGUGUGGUGAUAACGCAGUAUGUAUUCCUGAAAAUCAUAAAUUUACAUGUCGAUGUCCAGUUGGGUACCAACCAGAUCCAAUCGCAGAAGUUAAUUGUAAAAGAGUUGAUGUAUGCAAACCCAAUCCUUGUCACCCAACUGCUUUAUGUGAGCCCUCGGGUAGAACGUUUAUUUGUAAAUGUCCUAAAGGUUUAAUAGGUGACCCGAAAGAUGUAGGAUGCAGAACACGCAGUGAAUGUCUAAAUGGGGAUAAUGACUGUCCCCCUGAUACUGUUUGUGUCAGUGGCCAAUGUACUAAUCCAUGUCAAAAUGCUUGUGGAACUAAUUCUUUGUGUAAAAUUGUUAAUAGAAAGGCUGUAUGUCUAUGUACCGAAGGCUAUGAACUCAUAAAAGGAAUAAAUGCAUGUAAGAAACGGUUAGUCAAAUGUGUCAGUGACAAUGACUGUGCAGGCGAUAUUUGUCACAACGAACAAUGUUUUACAGCUUGUAAAAAUUCCACUCAAUGUGAUCACGGAGAAAUUUGUACUAAAAAUUUAUGUACAAAACAAUGUUCUAAACAUACACAAUGUAGUAUUGGAGAAGCAUGCAUUGGAAGUCAAUGCUUGUUAGGUUGCCGUACUAACGAAGACUGUCCUUCUGAAGAAGCCUGUGUAAAUAACAAAUGUACAAAUCCUUGCAUUGGUACAAAAAUUUGCGGUCCUAAUGCUAUUUGUUCUAGAAAUCAACAUGAAACUGUAUGUGAAUGCCCUCUUGGAUUCGAGGGAACGCCGACGGCACAACAAGGAUGUGUUCGAAAAGCAAGCUCAUGUUCAAAAACAUUGGAUUGUCCACCAGAUCAUAUGUGCAUUGCUCAUUUAUGCCAAGUGCCAUGCCAAGUAAAUUCUGAUUGUGCAAUUGGAGAAACUUGUUAUGAUAGCAAAUGUCACACAGUUUGUCAUUCUAGUAGCAAUUGUUUACACGGUGAACAUUGCAAUUCUGGAAUUUGUAUUGCUGGCUGUAAAACUAAUUCUGACUGCAUGAAUAAUCAAAUGUGCAAAGAAACAAAAUGUCAAUGUUUACCUGGCUUUGAAAUGACACAGGACGAAUGUAUAAAUAUUAAUGAAUGCAUAAAAAAUCCAUGUCACCCAACAGCACAAUGUAUAGAUGCCAUUGGAUCUUUUAAAUGUAUUUGUCCCAUUGGGGCAAUAGGAGAUCCGUACAAAACUGGAUGUUUAAUGCCAAAUCAAUGUAGGCGUGAUAAUCAGUGUGAAGAGUCACUUGUGUGUUUACGUGGAAAAUGUACAAAUCCCUGUGAAAAAGAUGAUCCAUGUGGGACAAAUGCCGUUUGUGUUGUUAAAAAACACAAAGUUACUUGUUCGUGUGAAAAAGGUCACAUAGGAAACCCAUUUGAUAAAAAAGUUGGAUGUUUCAGAGUUGAAUGUGUUGACGAUUCUGAAUGUCCAAACGAUAAGUUCUGUCGUCAGGAUACAAAUAAAUGUUCUGACCAAUGCGAUGAAGCAGUUUGUAAAGGCGGAAGUUGCAAAAUUAUAAACCAUCGGACAUCAUGCAUGUGUUCCCCCGGGUUCGAACUUAUAAGUAAUAGAUGUGACGAUAUAAACGAGUGUCUACUACACCCAUGCCCACUAAAUUCAGCUUGUGAAAAUACACCUGGAUCAUUUAUUUGCAAUUGUGUGAAUGGAACAAUACACGACAUAAGUACCAAUCAUUGCAAACGUCCAGGGGACUGUUUUUCUGAUGAUGACUGUUCUGAAAUAACAAAAUGUUUAGAAAAUCAAUGUGUAAAUCCCUGUGAUAAAUCUCCUUGUGCUGCAAAUACAGAUUGCUAUGUGUCAAAGCAUGAACCGGUUUGCGAAUGUCAAUCAGGAAGUCAUGGUGAUCCUUACAAAGGAUGCGUUAAAUUUGAAUGUAUAAAAGAUUCAGAUUGUCCAUCCGAUGAAGCUUGUGUCAAUAAUAAAUGCAGAAAUUCAUGUAACAUUCCACGCGCGUGUGGAAGGAAUGCAAAUUGUGUAUCUAGGGAUCAUAUUGGACAUUGUUACUGUGCUUCUGGAUUUACUGGUGAUCCUGUAUUAGGAUGUGUACCAGUUCAAUAUUGUAAUGACGACAGUAGAUGUUCUUCAGGAACAAAAUGUAUCGACAAUUUAUGUCUUGGUGAGUAUUUAUUAAGAUAA